AUGGUGUUCAAUUCAAUCAAACAAUAUCUGGGUUUUGAUAUAAGGUCUGGUAAGGGAAGUCAAGAUUUACAAGCAGAGAAUGCUGUUACAACAUUGAGAAGGAAGAAGACUAGGACAAGGGACGGUAAGAGACAAAAGGGGUAUAGAGGUAACCAUAAAAGACAUACACGAGGAACCGAUAACCACCAUCAUGGUACAGUGUUUGAUUACAUGAAAUCAUUUUUCGUGAAUGAUGUCAAGACAAGAACAGAUACUCAUACACAACGACCAUUCACUAGAAGGGAUCUCUUGAAUAGUGCGAAACGUGAAAGAAAAAGAGAAAAAUUGAAAAGAAAGAGGCAAUUGCUUAAGGAACGGGUCCUAAGAGAGGAAGCAUUAAAAAGAGAAAGACUUCAUCAUCAAGAAGAAGUGAAGGUUUCUCCCACGGAUGAAGGUGACAAGGCAAAUGAAGAUGACGAGGUAGAAGUGGGAGAUAUUACUAUGGAACGUAUUGAAAUAGAUCAGAACACUAAUCAUAUUGAUAAUAAUAGUAAUGGUGACGAUGAUAGCAUGAGCAGUGCUGCUGCUGCAUCUAGAGCCAUGUCCAAACGGUACUCCAGCUCACCCAUCAACCGUCGUAAUAUCGAUGAUAAAGAUGAACAAUUACGAAGACUUGAGAGACAAGUGGAGAAGAUGGGUAGUAGAAUUAAUGGUCUAGUACGUGAUUUGAAAUUCGCUCAAGAACGCAACGCCCUUUAUCAAACUUUACUUGAUGAAUCCAAUAUCGACGGUGGAUAUGUGAAAUCUCGUCGAGACAUGAAGAACAUUGAAAAGGACAAUAUUAAGCCCCAAAUGCAGGAUCAACAAUUGCUAUUAUCACCCAGAAGGGCUCUGAAUCCAUUAGUGACCUCUAGUCCCCUCCGUCAACAACCGAAUUGCCCACCACCACCUCCAAAGGAAAUACCCUCCACAGAAACGUUACCGAGACCCUCCCUAUAA